CAGCGAGAUUUUUUUAUCUCUAUUAAUCUCUUUUGUGUUCAUUUUUUUAAAAGUUAAUUCUCAGAUUUUUGUGUGCAUUUCUCUGUUGAUUCAAUUUUAUACAGCUUUUGAUUCAAUUUUAUACAGCUUUUUUUAGUAUGUUUUUGUUCUUAUUUCAUUCUCUCUUUUUCUUUGUUUGACAACAAAGGAGAAAAAAAAUUAAUCACACUCAAAUUGUUCUUUGGGAUGGUUUAAUAUUACCAAAUUUACUGAAAAUAUAAUAUUCAAAUUUUUUUUUUUUUGCAUCUUUACUUGGAACAAUUGAUUAUGGUAUGUAGUGUUGUUGCUCUUAUUUGAUAUCAGUGGUGAGUGUUGGAUUUAUACCUUGAAUGAUUUUUUUUAAUAGGUUCUGGCCUUUUUUUCUGCUUCAUACUUUAGUGUUCAUGUUUUUGAAUCAAAUUUAUUUCCUUGGACAAAUGAAACCUAAUACAAGUUUACUCAAAUGAUGAUUCUUACUUGCGACUAUCAAACUUCAUGUAUGUGUUCCUUUUGUUUCUUACUUGCCAUAAGGUAUUUUAUUUUUUCAAUUAUUUUGUAUAUGUCUUUUUUAUGGUUUUUUAUUUUAAUCCAUUUUACAUGUUCAUGAAGGACAUGAUUGUCUGCAGAUAUAAGAUGAUUUUUAGCCAUUAUCUUAUGAUGAAACAAAACUACAAUGUUUGAAACUUCUUCUUGCAUAGAAGCUUUGUGUAGUAAUUUCAGUGCCUUUUUGUUUUUUAUUUGCAAAUUUAAUUAAUUGUAUUGGUGUAACCUGAGUUUUUAAAACAAAUGAUGUAGCUCUGCCCUGUUGGUCAAUGCUUUUAUCCUACUGCCUUGGUGUAUCACAACAAAGUGCUUCAUAUAAUAAGAAGAUAAGGUGCAAUCAUGGCUAAAAAAAGGAAAAAUGUUGAUAUUUGAGAUAAGACACUAAGGAAUUGCCAUCAAAUUUCAAUGAUAUCUUCUAUUUCUACUUGGUGCUUUGGUUAGUCCUAAGUUGAAUGAUUGUGAGAACAAGUGGAAUUGUAUACUCCAAUUUGUUUGUGAACCAGACUUGCAUUUCAAGGUUGCUGGUGGCUGGGACGAUUUGUAUUGCAAAGAGACUUUUUGAAAGGACUAUGAUAAAGCUUUCUGCAACAUUUAGUGGAAACAAUGAUACUAUCUAUUUAAAAGUGAUACCAUCCACUGUUUAGUGUUAUCUUUCAGUUUGCUUACCACCAAAAUAUUGGUUGGGUUUAAGUUUGAUUCUUUUUUUUAAGAUUAAUUAGUUCCAGUAUUAAUUGUAUUAGCAUUUUGUGCAGGCAUUUGUGAUACUAUGUAUUUUUUCAAAUGCAGUUCAUGAUAAUUGAUAGAUAUAUCAUGGUGCAAUUUAGAGCAAUUGGGCAUUUAUAGAGGCAAAAAUAUAUCAAAAUAACAAUUGGUUUGUAUUAGUAGAGAACCUGUUAGACUGUGCUGGAGCUUUGCUAACUUUACAUAAUGUUAAGGAUUUUACCACAUCAAAGGAGAUGCUCGAAGAGGCUGUUACAAAGUUUAAGAAAGUUACUGAAUUGAAUCCCGACUUGCAUCGCCCUUUUUGGGCCCUGGGAAAAACACUCACUGCACAGGCAAUAUUAUUCUCAACCCGGGCCGAGGCUAAAGAUCAUUAUGAGCUUGCAUAUGAUUACUUUUUAAAAGCUGUUGAAAAGAAUCCUAAAAACAAACUAUACCGCAUAUCAUUGCAAGAGGCUGCUAAGAAAGCACCAGGGAGAGGUCCUUUUACUUCUGCUGGUUUUAAGCAAUCAGCAGGGACAGCUGAUCCUUCUUCUGCUGGUACUGAGAAUGUACCAGGGACAUGUCCUUUUUCUUCUGCUGGUACUAAGCGAUCAAUAGGGACAGCUGGUCUUUCUUCUUCUGCUGGUACUGAGGAUCCUUCAAACCUACCAGAUGUUGACCCAUUGGAUGGGGAUGCUAAGAUUUUGAAGAAGCUUAAAGACACAUGAAGUAUGACAUACUUGGAUCGAUAUUACUGACGGUUGGCAUUGUUGCAUGGGUGGUGCUUGCAAAACAAGUGAAGUAAUUUCGUUUGAUUUUGAUACAUUGUAACUGAGAAUCACAUCUAAUUUGCACUGCCACAUUGUUUAUUUUACUUUUGAGAAACGUGUUCCUUCGUUCUUGACUGCUA